AGCUCACCAGCCAGAGUUCUAUAUACAACGCGACGGGCAGACAUUAGCUCUGACUUGAUAACAACAUGGCGGAAAAGACGGAUAAUAACAACUGUAGUAUCUGUUUAAACGACUUUACAGAACCUAAAACUAUCGAAUGUGGACAUGAAUUUUGUGUGAAAUGUUUGGAAGAUUAUGUCAGUAAAGUUGGCAAAGAUAACCGGUUCCCAUGUCCUCUGUGUCGUGAAGAUGUCACCAUUCCUGAUGGUGGAAUUGAUACCCUUCCAUCCAGCAUUUCUGGUGUAAAUACGGAGAACGAACCAAUUAAAAGUCCAUCACCGAAUUGUGAAGCAUGUAAGAAGAACGCCAAAUCAAAGUUCCAUUGCUUAGAUUGUAAGAAAUGUUUAUGUGCAUCCUGUAAAACCCCACACGAUUCGUUUUUCUCGGAUCAUCGUGUUUCAGAACUAGCUCAUAGUAGAAAUACAGCUGAUGGGAGUCGGCCAUUUUGUUAUCGUCAUAAAACUGAGAUUUUGGAGUUUUAUUGUAAAGAUUGUUGCCAGAUUAUUUGUAAAGAAUGCCAGAUAUCAGAUCACAAAGGUCAUGACACGCCGGAAAUAAACCAGUACGGAAAAGAGGCUCUGACAGAAUUGACAAAUUUGAAAAUAGAAUUUGAAAAAAAGAUAACAGAACAGACGAAUUAUGUUGAUGAUGUCAACAAAAAGAUUUCCGCUUUAAACACGUCUGUCGUCACAUCCUGUGCUGAAAUUGAUCAACAAGUAAAAACUAUCUGUGAGGCUGUCACGAGGAAAGGCAGUGAAUUUAAACUGUAUAUUCAAAACGCACACGAAAAGGAAGAAAGAAAGAUGAAGAGGAUUGUGGAAUCAUCAAAAAAUUUCAUUGACGAGUUAGAGGAGUCCGUGGACAAUAUUAACACUAUUUUGAAAGUUGAUUCAAUGUAUGACGUAUUAGAUGUGCUGCCAACAAUCAAAAGACAACAGGGAGAAAAUGAGGCACGUGAACUUAUCAAGUUAUAUGAAGUCAGCAGCAAAGUCCACCUUGGAGAGAUAAAUACUUCAACCCUUGAUGAAAUGAUAGGAAGGAUAGAGAUAACCCGAAACAAGGAGCUUACACACACCUUUAAACAUAGUGAAGUGACGAGAGACUGGAGAUUCAGUCCUGUCUAUAAAGUAGAAGAUAGAUUGUGGCAUUUCAAAGUUUAUCAAAGUUUAAGAGGUAGGCCUAUCCAGUGCCGUCUUACACUUGGUAUGAUGGUUUAUGGAGAAAAUCUAAUAUCAGGCAAAACUAAAGUUACCAUAAAACUUAUCAACAACACCGAUGUAACGAAAACGGUAGAUUAUACUCCCCAACCUACAACCACACUGUUUGCCACAGAAUUCAUCUGGAACGAUGUUUGCUUUAUGAGACAUUUGUCGCCAGCUGGAUUUGUAAACAACGAUCAAUUUACUGUCCAGGCAACACUUGUUGUUACAGAUAUAAAGACAUAAUAAUGUUAUCUAUAAAUAGAUCGUGUAUAAUAAUUGUAUAGUCACUCCAUGUGUAAUAUGAUUAUAGUCCCUAUAAUUAGAUCGUGUAUAAUAAUUGUAUAAUCACGAUACCCCAGGUGUAAUAUGUUAUAAUCACUGUAACAUGUAUAGUAUAACCGUUGUUAUAACACAUACAGCCAAGUAUAACCGUUGUUAUAACAUAUUAUAUAAUUCGGCAUAACCCUUGUUAUAACAUAUUUAUAGUUCAGCAGUAUUAUAGUUCAGCAGUUAAAACAUAUAUAGUUCGGUAUAACUGUUAAUAUAACAUAGUUCAGUGUAACAGCUGUUAUAUCAUAGUUCAGCGUAACAGUUGUUAUAACAUAGUUCAGUAUAACCGUUGUUAUAACUUAUAUAGUUCAGUAUAACCGUUAUUACAACAUAGAUAGUUCAGUCUUAUCGCUGUUAUAACAUAUAUAAUUUAGUAUAAAAGUUGUUAUAACAUAGUUCAAUAUAACCGUUGUUAUAUCAUAUAUACAUGUAGUUCAGUAUAACCGUUAUUAUAACAUAGAGACUCCAGUCUUACCACUGUUAUAACAUAGAUAGUUCAGUCUUACCGCUGUUAUAACCCUUGUUUUAACAUAUAUAGUUCAGUAUAACCCUUGUUGUAACAUACAUGAUUCAGUAUAACCCUUGUUAUACCAGAUAUAAUUCAGUAUAACUGCUGUUUCAACAGAUAUAGUUCAGUAUAGCUGUUUUUACAACAUAUAUAAUUCAGUAUAACCCUUGUUAUAACACAUAUAGUUCUCUAACACCGUUGUUAUAACAUAUAAUAGUUCAGUAUAACCGUUGUUAUAAAAAGAUAUAUAUAUAUAUAUACAUGUAUGUUUAUUUUGUGGUUUUCUACUUAGAUGUUAUAAACUAUAACACAUGGUAAUGGAAAACAGCUAUUGAUAUAUUUGGGAGAUGCUUCAAGGAGUAUUCUUUCAAUAUAUAAGUAGCUGUUUUCCAUAAAUAUGUAUUAUAAUUCAUGAUUCUAUCCAGUUACUGAAAAGCAACUGUCAUCAUCAAUAAUAAAUUUGUAGUUCAAUAUCACUGUUGUUCAAAACACAUAUAAAGGAAACUCAAAAUUAUUUACCCUUUGAAGGUCAAAAUGGAUGUUAAAGUAAACAAAGAUAGCAAUUAUAACUUCGCUAGUUUUGAUUCAUCACUGAAAUUUAAUCGUCAUGCCAGCCAGUUACGUCACAGGGGCCUAAAAUGUCAUUUCUUGUAUUUCCUAGGGUCAACAUUUUAUCUGCCCAUAAUACAUUUAUAGCCCCCGAAGUCAAUAGUUUGCAAGAUAUGAAAUUCGAUCACCAUGCCUGUUAUAUAGUGUGUAAUGUCAUAGUCACAGGGACAUAAAGAUGUUACUUUUGGAUUCCUUAGGGUCAACUUCCUAUUUGUCCAUAAUAAACUGAUAGGCCCUAAAAUGAAUAGUUUGCAAGAUAUCUGUCAAUUUAGACGCAUUUGUUUUUAUGCUAAUUAGAAGGUCAACAACUCAAUUUUUGACUUGGGAACAUGGAUAUUCGUUUUAAGCACACCAGAAUCAUUAAGAAAAGUAAAGUUCCCAUUUUUUACCAAAAAGUGCUUUUAACAUCCAACAAAAAUUAGUCUAUUAAAUUCUAAUGUUUUUUUAUUAAUUUUUUGAGCUUAUUCGGUUUUGAAGAUUUUAUCACAGAUGAAGGAUGCAUUUAUAGGAAUAGAACUAUCUUAGCAGAACUCGAGCAUGAUGUAACUAAGUUGCACAUGCGCGGCAAAAAUACAGUUUGUAGCUUACUCAACGCUAUUAGAGGUAUCCUACUAAUAACAUUUUCCUCUGUCGAUGGAUUAUAUCACUGAUGAUAAUUUAGGUAUAUAGCUAACCGUUCUUCAAUAAAAUGAAAAUGAAAUUGGGUAUAACCCCUACUUGUCUGCACCAAACGGUGAGGCGUUUCCAUCCACUCUUCAAAAUCUGAAGGGUUCUGUUACUGGAACGCCAAACAGAAGAGUAGUCAAACCAACCCAGUUUCCUGUGUGUUGCAGAACUGAGGGCUUAGUCAUGGCGGCACCCAGUCGUUCGGAUGGGACUAAAACCUAACAGAAUUCAAUUCCUGUACGGAAGAAAUUCCAAUAAUAUAUGUCCGUCCUCAUUAUACCGGUAGAAAUGAAAUGGGGUUUAACGUCAUACUGCUCUGCUCCAACUUGGCUAAUGAAGACGGGUAUCUCGGUAGAUGCAGUAGCCCCACUUCAUUCAUAAAUAUUUUUCAUAUUUCGUGUGAAACCUUGGGGUCGUGAGAAGACCAACCUUAUCGAUAUUCACCGUCUGAUUAACCGUCUGCGAGCUUCCAUUCCGGACAUAUCCCCGCCCCCCAAUAUCCUUUCUGUGUUUCUGAAAACCUUGUUAAUGUGUGAGAGACGACAGUUUUUAACAUAUUUUUUUCAAAUUUGACGUGAAGCAUUCGGACUGUGAUAAGAUUGCCCCUAUUGGUAUUAUUAUUAUUAUUAUUAUUAUUUAUUAUUUUUAUUAAGGAUUUAGGUCAAAGACCCAUAGAUCCAAAUCAUAAUACAAUAAAGUGGUCAGAUAAGACAGUGGUAUGGUAUGGAUUGGUAAUAAUUCAUAGAUAUAUAUAUAUAUAUAAACAUGUAACUAUAACAAUAUAAUAAAUGAUACGUGCAGGUAGAUUACUUUUCAACAGCCUUGGUGUAUAGAAAUGGUGAGAUGGUCAGUAAAUAGGAUUUAGGACUGGGUUUUUAACAAUUUGUUUCUUAAUACCCAUACCCUAUCUAUAAAAGUAGAUAAUUGUAACAAACGGUUUUCAUCGCAUGUUAAUAAUAAAUUAUAGAAUCCAUUCUCUUCGUUAAUGUAGUCACUCAAAUAUUGAACUCGUAGUUCAUGAUAUGUCUUACACACAAUAAAUAUAUGGUACAAAUCUUCAAUUAUAUUGGGUGUACAAAACAUGCAAUUCGGAUGCUUGGAUAGUUUUCUCUUAUAUAAAUUUGCUCCUGUGGAGAAGAGAUUUAACCUUAAUUUUGUGACAUUUCUCUUUGCCUGCUUAGGGAUUUGUGCAGACAAGUAUUUUUCU